UCAAGUGCCAAGCAAGAAAGCUAUGAUUAUACCUUCAAAUUACUUAUUUUGGGUGAUAUAAAUGUCGGAAAGACUUGUGUAUUGUAUAGAUUUUGUGAUGGAGUCUACAUGGACCGAUAUAUGUCGACUGUCGGUAUUGAUUACAAAACAAAAAUAAUUGAAGUUGAUGGGAAGAUGGUUAGGCUGGAGAUCUGGGAUACAGCUGGCCAGGAGCGGUACCGGACCCUGACAGCAUCCUACUACCGAGGAGCGAUGGGGAUAUUACUGCUCUACGAUAUAACGUGCCUGGCAUCCUUCAACAGCUUGUCUAAUUGGUAUGAGAAUAUCAAAGAUAAUGCAGCAGAGGAUGUGGUGGUCAUGCUUGGCGGCUCAAAGGCAGAUCAGGAAACUCAGCGAGAGGUCGAACAAGAUAGAGCAGUAAAGUUUGCUGAAUAUCAUGGUAUGGAGCAUUCCAACCUGUGUGCGAAAACCAAUCUGAACAUAGACACUGCUUUCAAAUGCAUUGCCGAGCAGAUGUUAAGGAAGAAGACAGCGUCAGUUGUCGUUGAAAACAAACCAAACAUCAGAGUGCCACCCUCAAAACCAGCUGAAAAACUAUGGUGUUCCUGUUGACGAUAGUCAAUUUUAUUCUUCUGCCACUAGUCUGUUUUAUCAAGGUAUUUCAUUACUCAAGAAAUCUAUGCAUGCUUGCCCGAGACUUGUUCCAGUUCUUGUAGUGAUAGCCAUCCUGUUGUGAUGUCGGCAGCUGAGAUGAGGAAGCUCCCUAUCAAACACAGCCAAAAGUUCCCAUCAUAGAGUCACUGAUGAGUUAUUGUACAUGAAUUUGUGAUGAUUAUCACAAAUCACACCAGGAAUGAUGGCCUAUUGUAUUCCUUUGUAUUCAAGAGAUCUUAUCAUUGCUUUUACUCUUGUUAAGAUGAUUUUAUGCUUUUGUAUAAGAGGUUCCAUUAGAUUCCUCGACGAUGUCAGUUGCUUUGUUCUAUGUGAAACUAAAACUGACUUUAAUUUGUUUGAGCGACAACCUGUUGAUAUUUGGCCUUGCAAUAAAAGUAUGAUGACGGAGCCAGUUUUCGCGGGUCUUAUCACUAAGUGCCGAUUUACUAGCUUUCAACGAUUGCACACACGCAAAAGCUUACUUUUACCAAAGUUGAGAUCAAUAACAAAAUAUCUUGGGUGCUGCGUGGAUGUUUUAAGCGUGAAUUAAUCUUGAAAUCGCUCACUGAAAGAUCGAUGCAGACCAAAACAAAUCCGAAGCGGCUCCCCCAUUUUCGCGGGUAAUGCGCAUGCGCGUCUACGGUGGCCCAGAAGGCUUCAAUUCAUCAAUUAAGAGUGCCAAGAUAUCAGUCAGGUAAACGGGCAUGUUGUGCCGUUAUAAUGGGAUGGGUAUCUAGAGUGAAUUAAUCUAUAACUCCCUAUAAUGGAAACGAAGUGACGCGCGAGAAAACGGGAAAAAACGGGAUUUCGCGAAAUUGGGGAUGACUCGAAAUUGGGGAGCAGCACUGCAUGCAUUUAGUGUGUAAAACAGUCAUUGGCUUUAGCUUAAAAGGAUACGCCUUUCUCGUGUUCAUUGUAUUAACUGGCCACUCAGGAAAAUAGAACUUUACAAUGCCGCAGUACAGUUAUUAUGAACUCUACACUACUGUAAGUAAGAUAAACCGGAAUGGCGUAACCUCGGAGUAUAUUCUGUGACAAGAAGGGUUACAAAAUCUGUCUCUCUUGACAAUCAUUUUUUGGUAUUUUCAGUCAAAAUCUGUUCUUAAUUAGCACUUUUUAAUUCUGCACUUGGUAUGUGUACAGUUAAGAGGAAGUAACAUUAUUUCCUCAUGGUAUGGCACCAUAAUGUGUACUCUUAUAAUUUGACAUGGAUGAGGUUGUUGUUAAUUUGAUAAACAUUCAUACAGAUAAUCUACUAGAUUGCUUCAUCAUUUCAUCCAUUGAGUGUCUGUCAUGUUAUAUCUGCCUGUACACUCAGCGUAGCCUUGUUGUCUUCAUAAACUGUGUUCAUCAUUUUAGAUAUUCUUCAUAUCCCGUGUUUUUCUGUAAUAUCAGGUUUUAGACUUGCCAAACAUAGUAAUAUAUGU